AGCUACAUGGAACUAGUUGGAAGGUAAACCACUUGAAUUCAGUCACUCGCAGUUGAUCAAUGUCGUGCGCAGAACAUUGGAGAAUGCCAAACCAUUCUGUGCAUCGCUGGCAUGUUGCAAGCAAAGAAUAAGCAAUUCCGCAUCAUCACCCCGUACGACGCUCAGCGGAGUUUGAUUGAGGAGGGCUUAAAGCUCCAGGAGCUCGAUUGGGAGGAUAAGUGUUUCAACGUCGACUCGUUUCAAGGUAACGAGGAAGAUUACAUUGUGAUCUCACUCGUGCGGUCCACGGCGCUCGGAUUCCUCGCCGAUUUGCGCCGGACUAAUGUCAUGCUUACUCGAUGCAAGAAAGGCAUGAUCAUUUGCACGAGCCAGAAAUUUAUGAAACGAGCAGGGUGUAACUCACUCGUAGGCAGCCUAUUAGAGUAUUACGAGCACGAGUGGAUUGAGAAGGACGAGUUGGAGAGGAUCGCGGUGUAGGUGGGCUCGCGAAGGUGCUAGUCGAAUGGUCGUCAUCGGACUUAAACAGGGC